AUGGCUACCCCCAGUGUCCUCGCUUUUGACGCUGAGGGUCGGGCCAUUGACUUUGAGGUCUGGGUAGAUGACCUCCAGCUGUCCUUACACUGCGAUAGGGCAGACGGCCUCUCUCUCUUUGACCUUACCUCUGGCGCUUCCCUUGCCCCUGCUGCUGAUGCUGACCCUACUGUUCGCUCCCAGUGGGCUACGCGCGAUGCUGCUGCACGUCUUGCUGUGCGUCGCCACCUCCCUAUCUCUGAGCAUGCGCACUUUAGUCAGUACAAGAGUGCACAGACCUUGUACGACGCUGUAGUUGCGCGCUACUCCUCCCCUGCCACUGCUGCACUGAGCCGCCUCAUGCUACCCUUCCUCUUCCCUGGCCUUGCCGCCUUUCCCACAGUCGCUGAUCUCAUUACGCAUCUCCGCACUAGUGACACCCGCUACCGCGCUGCGCUUCCUGCUGACUUCUGCGCCAAGAACCCCCCCCCCAUGUACAUCACUCUCUACUUUCUAGUCACCCGCCUCCCCGACUCCCUUCGUGUAGUCCGGGACCACUUCCUCGCGGUCUGUCCCACCACUCUCACAGUCGACAGCCUAGAGAAGGCCCUCCUAGCGGCGGAGAAGAGCAUCGUCGCUGUAGGAGCCUCUCGAGGUGACCCCCGCGCCCCCAUCUUUGAGGGGUGUUCUCCUUCCCCUCUCUUGCCCUCUGUCGCCUCUGCCGCUGCGGCCGACCUCAUUGGUCUUGAGUCGGUCGGUGCGCCGUCUGCCCCUAGCGGAGACGCCGCCCUGGCAAGGGCAAGGGGGGCAAAGGAGCGGGUGGGGCCAGCGGUGGCGAUGGAGGUGGAGGUGGAGGCGGCGGAGGGAGUGGGGGUGGCGGUGGAGGUGGUGGCGGGGGUGGGGGUGCUAGUGGCGGCAGUGGAGGCGGGGGUGGCGGCGGCGGUGGCGGUGGGAGCGGAGGUGGUGGAGGCGGCGGCGGUGGAGGCGGAGGCCGGGGUGGAGGCGGAGGCGGGGGUGGCGGUGGCGGAGGUGGUCGGAGUGGCGCACACUCACGCCGCUUGGUAG